CGUCCGACAGUGUAAACCGAGCUGGUUCCGUUUGGGUGGGUUGUGUAUCGCUCACGCCGCCGGGCUUGGCUUUAUCCGGUCUCCACUAACGAGAAAACGGCAUGGCCUCCGACUCCUUGAGCUCUACUAGCGGGGUGUGUCUUGUUUCGGUCUCUCGCUGCUCGCCCUCGGCGGUGACACCGGCCCCUCCCGCCCACUGGCACAGGCAAGCCGCUUCCAGAGAAGCGGAGGCGCCGCCGUCGCUUGCGGCCUGGGACGAAGAGUCACAGGUGCCGGGAGGCGCAGGAAGCGCGGCGGCGGCGGCGUCGUCGUGGUCUCCAGCUGCCUCCAGUGAAGGGGAGGCGCCCGGGCGGCGGCAGAGGCCGGCCGGAGGAGGAUGGCGCCGGUGGCAGCGGCCUCCGGAGGCUCGGAGCAGGUCCGCUACUGCGCGCGCUUCUCCUACCUGUGCCUCAAGUUCACCCUCAUCACCUACUCGACAGUGUUUUGGUUGCUAGGAGCAUUUGUCUUAGCAGUUGGCAUAUAUGCAGAAGUUGAAAGACAGAAGUACAAAACCCUUGAAAGUGCCUUUUUAGCCCCAGCAAUUAUUCUAAUACUUCUGGGCAUUGUUAUGUUCCUUGUUUCCUUUGUGGGUGUAUUGGCUUCCUUAAGGGACAACUUAUGCCUUCUUCAAGCUUUCAUGUAUAUCUUGGGCAUUUGUUUGCUGAUUGAAUUGAUUGGUGGAGUUAUGGCAUUAAUCUUCAGAAAUAAGACAAUUGACUUUUUAAAUGACAACAUCCGAAGAGGAAUUGAGAAUUACUAUGACGACUUGGACUUCAAAAACAUAAUGGAUUUUGUUCAAAAGCAGUUUAAGUGUUGUGGAGGAGAAGAUUUUAAAGACUGGUCAAAAAAUCCAUACCAUGACUGUUCUGCCCCAGGACCACUAGCCUGUGGAGUUCCGUACACUUGUUGUGUCACAAAUAAGACAGCGGUGAUCAAUACCAUGUGUGGAUAUAAAACCAUUAAUGAAGAGCACCUGAGUGUUCGACACAUUAUAUAUAUCAGAGGAUGCACAAAUGCAGUAAUCAUUUGGUUUCUGGACAAUUAUGCCAUCAUGGCUGGCAUUUUACUUGGCAUAUUGCUGCCACAGUUCCUUGGAGUGUUGUUAUCGUUGCUUUACAUCACCCGAGUAGAGGACAUCAUUAAUGAGCACAAAUUGAAUGAAACACUACUUGGUGGAAGCCGGCAGAAGUCUGACAUUGAAUUUGAAGGAGCUGGAUGCUGUAUGUGUUAUCCUGAGUAACACUAGGUUGUCCUCUGAGCAAGUCAGACAAAUGAUUAACAUCCCCAUGUGUGGUGCUUUGAAAGUCGUCGAGCAUAAUGUGAUUUGUAAAGAAUUAUAUUUGGAAAUUAAACCUCCUGCUUCUUUCCAGCCCGGUGGACAUGUUUCACUAGUACACAGUGGCUGCAUUAGUGCAAGGAUGUGCUAGUUCAUUCCGCUCAGCUGGGAGCUUGCAUUCCAGACUGGUGGUGUGCUGGCACAAGAGGGUAUGCAACCUGAGGCGUGCCUCCUGCUGUGAAAUGUCUUCCCCAGUCCAUGCUGAGGGAAUGAUGCAAAGCACGAUCCUUGUUGCGAUGCAAGACGUUGCGGGACUUUGAGCAUUUGUGCGGCGGCAUGACCUUCUUGCAAUGAUGCAAGAACACACCUUUGUUGGUUGCACUAGUGAAACAUUAGUCUGAAUGUCAGCCAGCAAUUCAGUGCUGAGCAUUCUUUUAGGAGUAUCUCUGGUUCUUAUCCUGAAAUAUGUUAAAUCUCUUGUGGCAUCUAAAAAUAAAGCCAGUUUUACUAUAACGCUAUACAGCUAAACCAGGAGAAAAUCUGUGAUGUAGCCUAAUACAAUUAUUAUUGUAGACAAAUUAACUUUGUGUACAAAGGCCGUAUAGCUUACCUAUGUAAUGGUGCCACUAACCAUUCUUUCUAGCUAUUUUUCUAGCUAAUAUUCUUUCCAGCUAAUUUUUGUAGCAAGUUACCAUGCAGGAAGUGCAAACACAAGGCCACUUUUUCACAUUUGAAAUGACCUUGUGAUGACUUUGCCAUCUCAAAAUGGUUGUUUGGUUGACUUGACCUUAACAGUUCCCUGAUUUUGACAAAGGAGGAUGCCUUUUGCUGGCUAACAUUGUCACUAAUGCUGUGCACACGCAGCAACCCCCGCCCCAGUGCACCACGAGUGGUCCUGUUUCUGAAGUGCAAAUGCUUGUGUGGGUGGAGGAGGGUGAUUUUUGCUGAUCCUCCUUCCACCUGGAAGUGCUCCUGUGCAACCUGCAGUUAGGUCCCUGAGGGUUGUGUGAUUCUCAGAGACAUGCUUUUGGGAGAGGGAGGAUUGGUGAAAACCACCUCCUCACCCAUGCAAGCAUCCUUGGUUUGGAAGCGGGCUGCUAGCAGUGCGCAUCUUCCCCCACCACUGCAUGUAUACAUCGUUAUUCAAGAUGUCAGCUGCUGUGUUUUAUUGACUGGAGAGUUCUGGCCUUUUGGGGGGGGGCAGGGGUUAACUUUAGUUUUAUGCAGGUCUUGCCUGUUUGUUUAAUUAUUUCCAAGGCUUUGGCCUUGCCACUAGGCAGAUUUCUUCAUAGAAAUUGUAGUUUAUACUAAAAUUAUUUUGGGAAAGUGUUCAAAUGUAAAUAUUGUUGAAUUCUAGUAUGAAAGUAAUACUCUAUGUUUUUCAAAUUGUGUCUUCAUAUUGAUUCUGAACUGAUGAAGUGUCUUUUUUAUAUUUUAAAGAUGUUAUUUUCAAUACUGGGCAAUCAUAUUUGUAUGCUACUUCUUACGCAAAACACGGUGGUGGCCUUAAUACACUGUGGAGGCCUUGACUGUGUGUGCCUUUUUUUGCCUUUCUGAUACAAGCCCCUAUUUGAUGCAAGUUAAGUAAUGACUGAUUUGAGGCCAACGUUGUUUAAGAAUGCAGUUUAUUAUUGUAUAGAUAUUUGUAUUAUACUUUUAUUUGAUAUUCCUGAUUCAUUAUUCAUUAUGUACUGGAGAGCAUUUUUCCUUUUGCCCACUGAUUUGGAAUUCUGAUGUGUGCACAUAUGCCAAUGAAAAACUGAAUUGUUUACACAAAAAAUAAAUUUUAUGAUUUUUGUUAAAAAAAAUAUUUUUUUUACUGCAUCUUUUUACUAUGAACUGCUAAAAAAUUGUUUGGACAUGAAUUUUAAGAUUGAAUGUGCCAAAAAUAAAAACAGUUCUCCUCCUC